AUGCCUUCUCUCGCUCAUUACCUUGCCGCCGCCUUCGCGAGCGUUGCUUCUGUCUCCGCAACCGGGGUCAUACUCCCUCUCUACACCUGGCCCAGCGAGGGAGCCUGGAAUCCCGUCUACGAUGCGCUGGCCACAUACCCCGACAUCGACUUUUACAUUAUCAUCAACCCGAACUCGGGUCCUGGUGCCUCGUCUCCUCCCGCAUCCGAAUACAUCACCGGCGUGACAACCCUCAACAGCUACGCCAACGCACACACCAUUNUUUUAUGGUUGAAAUUUAUUAAGUAG